CUCAUACACAGCGUAAAGGAAGGAGACGAGGUCAGGGCCACGGUGCUCCUCGCCGGGGGAGGACACCCCAAGGUGACCGUCCCCGUUGCCACAGGUGACCACGCCCACCUCCUGCCCUGCCUGCUGGGGGCGGGGCUCAGCGUGAAGGGCCGCGGCAGCGACGACCCAACACCACUGAUGCUGGCUGCCUGGCAGGGCCACACGAGAACGGUGCAGGACCUGCUGACCCUUGGCGCAGACCCGCUGGCUGCAGAUAAAGCAGGAGGGACGGCCCUCCUCUUGGCUGUUGAGCGGGGCAGUGCUGAGUGUGUGUCUGCCCUCAUACCCUCCAGUGACCUUAACGCCAAGGACGAGGAUGGCCGCACACCCUUCCACUUGGCUGCUCAGCGAGACAGUGCUGAGUGUGUGUUUGCACUCAUACCCUCCAGUGACCUUAACGCCAAGGACGAGGAUGGCCUCACACCCCUCCACUUGGCUGCUAUGCGGGGCAGUGCUGAGUGUGUGUCUGCCCUCAUACCCUCCAGUGACCUUAACGCCAAGGACGAGGAUGGCCUCACACCCCUCCACUUAGCUGCUAUGCGGGGCAGUGCUGAGUGUGUGUCUGCCCUCAUACCCUCCAGUGACCUUAACGCCAAGGACGAGGAUGGCCGCACACCCCUCCAUUUGGCUGCAAUGCGGGGCAGUGCUGAGUGUGUGUCUGCCCUCAUACCCUCCAGUGACCUUAACGCCAAGGACGAGGAUGGCCGCACACCCCUCCAUUUGGCUGCUAUGCGGGGCAGUGCUGAGUGUGUGUCUGCCCUCAAAGCCUUCAGUGACUUUAAUGCCCAGGAUGAGAAUGGCCGCACACCCCUCCACUUGGCUGCGGAGGAAGGGCAUCUGAAGGUGAUCCAGCGGCUGACGGAGAAGGACGUGACGGCCCUCACCAUCAGGGACGAGGAAGGAAGAACCCCUCUGGACGUGGCCACGAUGAGCGGCAACACUGAGGUGGAGGAAUGGCUGGGGAAGAGGAGCGGCGCGGUGCACCUGGACGCCGCCCGCUGCCUGCACCUCAUGAGGCUCCGGCGACGCAGGGGUGAAGGCAUUCACAGCGACAUGAUGUUCGUGAUGCCUUGGUUGGAUUUCAUCCCAGAGCACUAUGACUGCCACCUGAUGGACGCGGACGGCCUGACUCCCCUCCACCACGCAGCGCAUCGAGGGUGGCCCCCGCGUAAAGUUAUCCUGCUACUGCAGAAAGGCGUAAGCCCCCACGUGCUAACCCCCGACGGCUUGACCCCCGCUGACCUGGCACGGCGGGCAUAACGCAAGGAGACGCUGGCGGUGCUGACCCAGCACGUGUGUGGAAAGGUAUGUUGGGGGUGAACACAGCAGAGUGCACUGCAGAGUCUUGACGGUAAUGUUAAUAGUCAUGGUGAUCAUGAUCCUUCCUCCUCCUUCACUCAACUUGUCGA